CAACCAUCUGACCUUUCCCUCUUUGCCUCUCGCGGCAUGUGCUACCCGUGACGUCAUGGCUCAUACUUUCCUCUCCCCGGCGACGACCUCGAAUCUGCUAGAUAGUAACUAGCAUCAUCAUCAUCAUCAUCACCUGUCAUACUUUAACUCAUGUUCCACCAGUAAACGACAUGCUGAACAAGCGCGUCAAAAGAAAAACCCGGACGUCACAGAAGCUUCCUUCUCCGCCUCGGUCCGAACAAGAUACCGUGGUCGCAGAUGACGCUCAUGGCGUGCAACACCCUGCGUCAGACGGGGAGAAGAUGACAGAACUUCAGAACGAAGAUUCUGUAUCAGUGACGUCGGACCUUGUGGACGAGGACGAGGAGUUCCUGGUAGCAGGCGCCGAUGAGCCGGCCUCGCAUAAGGCGGAAUACACCGGUGGGAGAACGGCAGGUUACAACGCGCUCAAAUCAUACAAUGGACAAGUGUAUUCCGGAAUGGCGGUUGGGGGCUCGCACACCUGGACAUAUGAUCAGGGAACGUGGAAGGAGACGAAGGAAGAGCCGGAUCUCUGGCGAAUCGAUUAUCAGACCAACAAGCGACGUGCGAAGAAAGCGCCGGAGGGAAGCGGUGCCCCGGUGGGGACGGAGUAUCACUGGUUGGUCGUAGGCCAUCAGCACGUCAAGAAAGUCGAUGCCAAUACCUACGAGACUCAUCUGACCGGGUCGAAGUAUAAGCUCGCGUACAAGUCUGCGUCCUCGAACUCGUGGUCGGUUCCGACCGUGAAGAAGCAGCGCGAGAGAGAAGUCGAGCUGCUGGAGGAUGCCAAACAUCGCGUCCAGGGACUGCCUCCGGUGCUGGCAUCAGAGAAAGUCAAGGUUGAGAAGCAUGAGAAGGGGCAGACGAAGCUCGACAGUAUGUUUGGUAAGGCGGGGACAAAGCGGAAGGCUGCCCAAGAUGUUGAUUAAGGAGAUGGAUAGGGGUUCUCAGUAUGUGAUCUACCAUUUGUGGCUGGUUUAUGGGGUAGAGACGCAAAUUGAUCACCAGCUCGAACUGUGCCGCCGUUUGCCUUUUACGCCCCCCGUGCAUUGUAGAUGAAGGCCUUAUUGAAUU